UUAUUGGACACGCUCGUUAUUUUUUUUUACUUUUUUAUUUCUUAUUAUGUCGUUUUUACAAGACAAAAAUGAGAUAUUAAACAACUUGCUUUCUUCUAUUCAAGCUGAACUGCAUAAUGAAGCUAUGUUGGGCUCAUACACAGACCAAACAGUGGCUUUCUUUAAAGCCGUCAAUUGGACUCAGCCGUGGAUCCUGGGCCUUUUAGGAUGUCAUAUGAUGUGUUUCCUUAUAGCCAUACAUUAUAGACAUUGCCAUGAUCAACUUGUGAUCUAUUUCUUUAGUUUAUUGGGAUUAGCAGCAUUAACACAGCCAUUGAAUCAACUGGGAAUCAACUACGGUAAUCAGUUUCUGGAUCAGGCUUAUUUCGAUCCUUCGGGUGUAUUUAUCGUGUCUGUGUACUCAUUCCCCUUGAUUUUCAAUGGGUUUGUCACACUGAUAUUUAUUCUGAAAGCAGUGGUCUCUAUCAUGAUCCAGACUAAAAGAGUUCAACUCAAGAACAAAAUCAAUAAGAGAAAUUAAUUAAAUUGACCAAACAAAAAAAAAGCAUAUAAAGCGUCU